GAGAGAAAGAGAGUGUGUGUAAUACAGAUUGACAUCAUCAAAAUCUGAUUUUGAUUAUCAAUGGUGAAACAUCUCUUUGUGCUUCCUCCAUUACUUCUUGUUCUUCUUUUCAUUUCAAUAACAGAAGUGGCUGAAGGGACUAAGAAAUCAUAUGGGGUAUAUAACAACAACAAUGUAAAAUUGUUUGUAUUUGGAGAUUCAUAUGUUGACACAGGCAAUUUCUUGGACUCACCAUCAUAUAAAGCUCCUUAUGGAAUCACUUUUCCUGGUAAACCUGCUGGAAGAUUCAGUGAUGGUCGUGUUCUCACUGAUUACAUUGCUUCCUAUUUGAAAAUUGAAACCCCUACACCAUACUCAUUGAGAAAUUCCUCAAAUCUACAGUAUGGAAUCAACUUUGCUCAGGGAGGGACUGGUGUUUUUCAAACUUUGACUAAUGGACCAAACAUGACUCUUCAAAUUGACUCAUUUGAGCAGUUAAUCCAACAAAAAGUCUAUACCAAACAAGACCUUGAUUCCUCUGUUGCACUUAUUGGUGCUUCUGGCAACGAUUACACUGCUUUUAUAGUAAACAACAAAAGCAUUACGGAGAUAAAAUCCUUCACUACAACCCUUAUCAACCAACUAUCCAUAAAUAUUCAAAGAAUCCACAAUUUGGGAAUAAAUAAAAUAGCAAUUGGUUUAUUGGAGCCUAUUGGGUGUUUGCCUCAAAUAACAGUGGUAACUUUUCAUCUUGGUUGUGUUGACCUUUUAAAUUUGGUCUCUGAAAAUCACAACAAAGAAUUACUCCAAACUGUGCAACAACUUAAUCAACAAGCUGGAAAAUCAGUUUAUGUCACACUAGACAUCUACAACGCUUUCCUCUCAACAAUUGAAACCAUGAAAAGAAAUCAUGAAGAAAACUCAACACUGAUGAAUCCAUUGGAAUUGUGUUGUGCGGGAGAUGGUUUCAAAAACAAAUGUGGAAAUGUGGAUGAUAAUGGAGAAAAGAAAUAUAGUUUAUGUGAGAAUCCAGAGCUUUCAUUCUUUUGGGACUAUGUUCAUCCUUCUCAAAAUGGUUGGUAUAAUGUCUACACAUUGUUGCAACCUUCUCUUGGUCAACUUAUUGGAUAAAAAUUAACUUUUGAUCCUCAUGGAUUUGUAAUAUUAAUUCAUCUGACAUACUAUGCAUUAUGCAUCUUAUUAAAAAAAGUUAUUCUUAUUUACAAAUCAC